UGAGUUUUUGAUGGUCAGCCUGUCCCAUCUGAAGGAAGAGGGCGAGCUUCUGCGGAGCUACUGGCCAAAAUACACCUGUCCUGUGGCUAAUAUGGAAUUCCAGCUCAACCGUCUGCGCACCUGUAACAGCUGUGGCUUCCAGAGGAGCUUCAGAGAGGAUUACAACUACCUCUCUGUGGUCAUCGGUCCUCGAGGAUGCCUCAUAGACAGCCUGCAGCAGUACUUCAAAAGAUCUUCGUUUGACUGCUCAUGCAGCGAGUGCGCCGGCUCUACAGCCUCUGAGGAGCUGGAAGUAAUUGUCCUUCCACGCAUCCUGGUGCUUCUGGUCAUGCGUUUUGAUAUCGCAUCCUCAAUGUCCAAGCUGAAGGAUCGACUGAAAGUCCCAAAAGAGUUUUCUCUGUCCUGCAGCACAGGUGGAAGCAUCAGACAGCAGCUGCACACAGUACAGACUAUCUGCUGCUGUGUCACAUCUGGGCAGCAGUUUGUAUUGUGGGCACUACAUCAGUCACAUCCCUGACCUCAGUGGAUCUGGAUGGCUGGAAUGCAGCGACUCAUCCAUCAGAAAAUCCAGCUGGUCCAAAGCCUCAUGUAACAUCGAGAGAAACGGAUACAUGCUCUUCUAUGUGAAGAGCUGAGCAGAAGCUGAUUGAUGAUGCAGUUUUGAAGAGGAAAGGAAACACUGCAGAGAUGCAUUCUGGAGAGAUCUACAUCAGUGUUUCACUGCAAGAAAAGCAGACUGCUCCUAAUAAAA